UAUAAAUGAAAGAGAAAGUAAAGAAACAAACUGUCUUUGGGAAGUAUCUCCAUUAUCCUGCGUGUCGUUCAGUAGCAGCUAAAGCAUGUUGUUUCCUCUCAACUGACCGUCUCAAAGAAAACACAGGACGAUAUAAAGAUACAUUAUUAUUACGAUCCGUGUGAAGUUCAUCUGAGGUCACCAGGAGAAGGAACAAACAUGUCCCGCGGUUCAAACCCAGGGUUCGACCGACACAUCACCAUAUUUUCUCCGGAGGGCCGCCUCUACCAAGUCGAGUAUGCCUUCAAAGCCAUCUCCCAGAGUGGGUUGACGUCUGUGGGGAUCCGGGGGAUAGACAGCGCUGUGGUGGUCACACAAAAGAAAAUACCUGACAAGCUGCUGGACUCUUCCACUGUGACCAACAUGUUCAAACUAACCCCUCGCAUUGGCUGUGUGAUGACUGGGCAAGGUGGGGACAGUCGCUCCCAGGUUCACCGGGCCCGAGCGGAAGCUGGAGAAUGGAAAUAUAAGUUUGGUUAUGACAUCAUGGCAGACAUGUUGUGUCGCAGGUUGGCGGAAAUCUCCCAGGUCUACACGCAGAACGCCGAAAUGAGGCCUCUUGGCUGCUGUAUGAUCAUGGUGGCCAUAGACCCCCAGCAGGGCCCUGUCCUGUUUAAGUGUGACCCUGCAGGCUACUACUGUGGCUUCAGAGCCACAUCAGUCGGCGUCAAACAGACGGAGGCCAACAGCUACCUGGAGAAGAAACUGAAGAAAAAGCCAGAACUGACCCACGACAGGGCCGUACAGAUGGCUAUAACAUGUCUGUCCUCCGUCCUGUCCUUGGACUUCAAGGCCAGUGAUCUGGAGAUUGGCGUGGUCACCAAGGAGAAACCUAAGUUCAGGAUGCUGUCGGAGGCAGAGGUUGAAACCCACCUGGUUGCCAUAGCAGAGCGGGAGUAAAGGUGCCCUCACAAACGGUCCGUCAUAGUGUUUCAUUGCUUCAUUUAGCCCAUUUUAGCAGCACUGUUAGCAACAGUCUAAAGACGAAAGUACACACCUGUGUGUCCAGGAAGGUUAAUCAUGCUCACCUGGAGAAGAAACUCUGUUGAUUGAUAUAUGUUUGAUUUUUAAUCUGGGCUUUUUAAAAAACUCAAUGUAGACAAAAAUAAUGCAAUGUUUAAAUACUAGCACAUGAAACCAUCUUUUGUAGACAACACAAGCAACACAUUCCACCCAAAAUACUCUGCAAAGUAUCUGCUUAUUUGAAAUAGAAAAGUGUCUGGAUCCUAGUUGUUUUGUAUGACUUUAGCUGGUUUUGUUUGUGUACAGAAUAUUUGUCACACAGCUUGUUAACUGUAUGUUUUUAACAGCAGCCUUGUUGUCAUCUCCACACUUGCAAUAAAAACAUCAGACUCAUUGUCAACCCCUUUAAAACAAAAGUUAUAAUAAAAUAGAACUGAAAAGAAGACUACAAACACUGUCCUGUUUUUACUUUAAAUCAAAUAUAUUAACUUUUAGCACUAAAAUAGAUAGUUCAGGUUUUUCCCAAAGUUUGACAAAUAUCCCGAUGAAACAAAGUUCCCCUUGUUGAACAGCAGGUGGCGUCAGUGAGGCGGAAACAUUACCUGAGGUUUAAUGGUAGAAGGUCAGUUCUUUCAUCGAUGAGGCGAAGACGGAACUGAAUCCACAAGUUACUCCAACAAACAAUAUUGUGAAUUUGUCGACGAGGACUAAGCAGUGCAGUCACUGAUGAUCACACAGAGAUAAAUAGCAAAUACUCUCGUAGGAAGUGAGAUGAGCAUCACAGAGGCCAAUGUGUCCAGUUAUUUUAGCAGAAAUGAUAGUAACGGUACAAUAGCAACAUAGUUUUGUAUUUUAGAUCGCACUGAAAUGCAUACCGGAUGUCCACAUUGCAUUAAUUCUUCCCACUGUGGGUGAUACUGAGAUACUUCACAUGACCACUAGAUGGCAGUGCUGUGUCUGUAACUCCCUCUUUGAGUAUUUCAGAACAGAAUUCAGUUUAGUUCUGCGUGUACUCUUCUAUUUGGGGAAACCUAUUUUGAAUCUUGUAAACUUCCGAGUCUUCGGUGUUUGCGUGUGUCAGACAGCCAAUCCUGUCAUGACAUGUUGUUACGUGUGCCUCUGUGUGUGUGUGUGUGUGUGUGUGUGUGUGUGUGUGUGUGUGUCCGUCUCUUGAGUUUCCACCAGUGACCCACCAAUCUGUGGAUACGGAUCAAUGUCCUGUUCAAUUACCGAAUGUCACUUGCAAAUGUAAAUGCGGAAGUAUUUCUGGUUGCACACAUAAUCACACAAAAACACUGAUGCAUACAAUAACAGAGAGAACAGCAGUCUGGUUUUAUUUUAUUUAAAGCAGAAGGUGACACUUUGAGGGGAAAAAGCUGUGGAUUUACAGAAUCUGAUUACUUUUACAGGGUUGACACAUGAGAAAUAAACUCUUCUUUACACAUUGACACAAUAUUAUUGCAACAUUCUGUAUUUAACACAAACAAAACCUUUUUUAUUCUCACUUACCUGCGAGGCAUUAUGUGAAGUAGAGGUAUUAUACGGCCUCUCUGUGUAUUUGUGCUCGUGGAGGUAAAUCUGAAAGUUGCUGCACACUGAGUAUCUAAAUGAGAUACGCACGGUAGACAUGGUGCAAUUCUGCAGGCUCCAAAUUCCAGAUAGAUCGUCAUUUUAACAGGAAAGAGCAAUGCUGUAGGACCAUUAACAAUAAAGGACCAAUCUGUCACAAUCACUCACUUCUUGGACAGAGAGGAGUGAUAGUUAAAUAGAGGAUGCUCAGUUUGUUGGCAGACACAAUUAGGAUUUAGGCUGAGAGGCUUGUGUCAGUGAUUCUCAGUGAGAGCAGCAAAAAGCCCGGCUAGUCUCCUUAAAGUCACUAGUGCGAGACGGUCCUCGGUUACAUCGAUAGGCCUCUUAGCUUAAUUCUGUGUCCACUUUGACUCACAAGCCUUUCUUGUGUUGCACUGUAGCUUAACGCCAACGAGAGAUGCAUUACUGUGAAUCAAAUACACGCACAUGUAGUAUUUGUUUUCAGCUUUAUCCACGGAGACAAAGGGACGUUGGUAAAAAGCAAAAACGCCUUAAAAGGCCUUUAAAAAAACCAUGAAAGAGAUUUGGGAAGGAGGUCGGUGUUCUAACUGGUGACGUGGAAGAUGCCCGUCUCAUGUUUGUCUCUUCAUCCUCAUGUCUGGCUCUGCAUGCACAUCAUAACCUAGGAGAACAGAAAAAAAGAGAGAAUCCCCCGUUAGGACCGACAGGAAACACGGAAGAGAGAACCACACAGUUCAGAGUUGUUUUCAUGUAAUCUUCAUGUAAGCCACAGCAAUCAGUGCACCAUGUCAUGAAGUGUAUGGGGGAGGCUUGUACAUGUGUAAAUAGUUUCACUAGCUGGCUCUUAGACGCUUCUUGUCUCUCAUCCACAUUCCCGAACCAACUAACCUCUGCACCUUACAGGGCUGCAGGACUAGUAGUCGUCAGUAGUCCCUGGUUUUCAAAAACGUUGUCUCCUUUUUCGGGAAGAAGUUAAAUAGUCUCACACACACCAGCCACAUUUAUCAUGUGAAGUAAAUGCAAUGGAAACAGGUUGUGGACACAACAUUGACGUAUCGUCAACUUUUAGGUUUUUAUGGUUUAUUUACACGUCCAGCAACAUUAUCGUUGGUUUGGUGUCGCGUGUCCGUCCACCUGAUGUGUUGAAGUCCAAUAUUUGCUCUGUUUUUUGUCUCGAAAUGUCUUGCUUUUGUUGCUACAUGCUCCACUAUAUAGUUCACCAGCUAAUCGCUUACAGUUGCUAACUCUGUCUGUUUGCCAAUUGGUGCUGAGCGGAAAGAGUUCAGUGGGUUUUCACAGCUUUUUAGCAGAAAAUUGCUUCCGAAAUUGACACUUUGAGAGCAACGACAGAGAACCACAACAGUAAGGUUGUGUGCCGGACAGCUACACAGCGAGCUGAAACUCUCUCUGAAGCUCCGUAACGCUGCAGAUUCAGGUGAUAGUUCUCUGUAGGUUUGUCACCUCGGUUAUAGCCGCUUUAAUUUCGACAGUGGCGGUUCUUAUUUUCUGGGUUUUGGCUCCUCACUUUAACACAUUUUCUUAAAUCAAAAUUCUGUCAGUAACAAACUGAUUUUGGUGUUUUUCAACCUUUUCCUGCUCCUCUACCUGCUCUCGCCUCACCUCGACCACCACCCCCACCUGUUCACCUCCUCCUCGCCCCCAAAGUCCUCACACUCCUACUCCUCCCCUUUCGCAUUCUCCAUCCUCUCCGCCAUCACCCCCUUUCCUCCCUCCCCUGAUAGGAAAUGUUGACCCUGUGGCUGGUGUCACCUGGUACCGGGUCUGCCUGCCAAGCUGAAUGGGCCCAGGGCAUCGGGUAGCCAGGCUGUAUGUGUGUUUGUGUGUGUGUGUGUGUGUGUGUGUGUGUGUGUGCUGGGUCACGGCGUGCGGAUUAGGUGUGUGUGAGUGAUUGAGGGUGACAGCGGCGCUAGCAUUAGGGGCCCUGUGGCAGAUUUUGUAGGCCUGUUUUAGACACACUAAGCUGGAUUUACCAGCAGCAGUGUGUCAGCAGUGAUGCAGCCCGCCUGGACCUCCUACGGAACACACACACGAGUACACACACCCGCGCGCAAGCACACACGCGUUGACCCACGUCACCCUUGACCCCACCUAUCUACCUGCAACCGGGCCGAUCGUCCCAUCAUCCCUUUCUCUCGGUAUGUUUCUUCUAUCCGUCCCUUACCGGUAACGGAUAAAAAUGUCUUCCUGCUGUAAUAUUUCUAAUUUCCUUAAGUUUGUCUUCACACUACAGUAAAUAAGCUGAGGACUCUGUGGUGCAUGCAGACUACUGUAGCAUGCACCAAGCAUCACCCGCCUCCACCCCAAAACAAAUAUUAGGGCCCAGUCAGCCGAAAACUUUGCACGGAAUCCGAUUCAUUUUAAGGGAAUAACAGUGGACCGAUUCCUUUAACGGGCAGCAAAGCAAAUCAAAGCGCAGCUUACUUUGGUGAACUUUGAUGUGAAGUUUCACAAUCAAAAGGUCGGAACGUGGUAGAGGCACUGACACAGUAGAGUAUGAGGAAAUCUACUCUUUAAGCUGAUACUGUUUAAUUAAAUACUGAAGUGGCAAAGUAAAAUGGAAGUAAUUUGCGACGAAGCAUGUUGAGAUCGUGGUCGUGUAAAUGUUUGCGUUCGUAAAUGUGCUUUGCUUUUGGUGUAGCGAGCUAGCAAGCUACACAGGCUCUGAUACUAAUAAUCAUAAUUUCGUCCUCUCUCUUCUGUGACUUUUUGGGCCCGUUGAACAAGCAAUGGAUACAACACAUGCAGCUAAAUGUAAGAGUGGGACAGCGUGAAAAGUGUUUGUUCGAUCUCAAAAUCACUUGUUCUGCAUCUGACUGUUGUUAGCUUAUCCCACAGUGAAGUUGCAUACUGGGUGUGCUGCAGUAUAUGUGUGGUCACUUUGUGUGUGUUAACGCAGAGGGUAUGUGAGGCCACUGUGGCCCCGCGUGUCUGCACACACAUGUUACUGGUGCUUGAUCGUUGGCAUGACUUGUACGCACCUUUGUCCGCGUGUCUGUGUGCGUGUGUGUGUGUGCAUGCACCAGUGUGUGUGUGUGAGAUCUCUGUUACAGCCUGUCCAUUGUGAAGGAGAGUGUUGAGCAAGAUCCUGACCCACCGGCGGGUACUAAUCAGACGCAUUCCUCGGGAUUAAACGUCCAAUUAACAAUAAGAGAGCCAUUGUAGCCCCUUCUCCUUGUGCGUCACAGUUAGAAGGUUUUGUGUGUGUGUGUACGUGUCGCAGUGAGCGCGUGGCUCUUAUUUGUGUGUGCGUGGGCAUGUGCUUCUUGUGUGUGCAAGGUGCAUUUUGGCCAUUCAAAAAGCACUCUUUGUGAUAUUUCUGCCAGCGUGUUGCACUGUUCUGGUUUUACAUUAACAUGCACGCUAGCUGCAUGAAAAAAAAUCACGUUUUUUAAAUUUUGUGCAAUUUAAAACAAUCUUAUAAAUACAUAAUAGAGCGAGAGAUGGUGGAUUAUGGGCGCUGCAUGCCAAAUAGUGGCUGCAAGUCACAAGAUGUGCGUGUGUUUGACACAGUGUUCUUAAUGAUGCAUGUUAAUCCAGGGUUUGUUCGGGCACCGGUGGUGAGUCCACCUGGCCUUGUUUACACAGUAAUGCAAACCAAAAAAUUAUUAAUAUUCUAUUAUAUCUAUUUGUGUUUGAGUGCUGCUGUUAAUGUAGUGUGUCUGCCGGUCGUUUGCAUAAAUGUUUGCAUAAAUAGUGUCUUCAAUAACUGUGUGUGUGUGUGUGUGUGUGUGUGUGUGUGUGUGUGUGUGUGUGUGUGU